UAGUCUUCCUGGACUGGUACUGGCACCGUUCCCGUCCAGGGCUGGUGCAAAGGCCCGGGGAUCCGGGGACUCGCACACGCGCGGGCCCAGGGCGGCAGGGGAGGAGCCGGCGGCGAGGCUGCUGGGUGUCCGGAGUCCCGAGUGUGUUCGCUGUCCCAGUUGCUCACCCCCAGCUCUAGAUCUUGGACAUUUCCGCGCUCCUCCCCCAGCUACCUAGGUCCUGCGUUUGAAGGACGGCCCCUCACAGAAAACAUUCUCCUCGCCGACUACCUCACGCCCAAGCCCCUCAGAGCUCUACCAAGACCUCCCUGGGAUCUGUCAGCGACUUUUGAGUUGCCAGAGGCCUGGGGUAUUGCAUCUUAACUUGCUGACCCAGAGGUGCUGGUCAUUAUGGGAAAUCAACUUGCUGGCAUUGCUCCUUCCCAGAUUCUCUCUGUAGAGAGUUAUUUCUCAGAUAUCCAUGACUUUGAAUAUGAUAAGAGCCUGGGAAGUACUCGGUUUUUUAAAGUUGCUCGAGCGAAGCACCGGGAAGGCCUGGUGGUUGUGAAGGUCUUUGCAAUUCAAGACCCCACGUUGCCUUUAACUAGUUAUAAACAAGAGCUGGAGGAACUGAAAAUCAGGCUUCAUUCUGCACAGAACUGCCUACCUUUCCAGAAAGCAGCGGAGAAAGCAUCCGAGAAAGCAGCCAUGCUGUUCAGGCAGUAUGUGAGAGACAACCUCUAUGAUCGCAUCAGUACCCGUCCGUUCUUAAACAACAUCGAGAAGCGCUGGAUCGCCUUCCAGAUCCUGACAGCUGUGGACCAAGCGCACAAAUCUGGAGUCCGACAUGGGGACAUCAAGACCGAGAACGUGAUGGUCACCAGUUGGAACUGGGUGCUUCUAACUGAUUUUGCCAGUUUUAAGCCGACUUAUCUUCCAGAGGACAAUCCAGCAGAUUUCAACUAUUUCUUUGACACGUCACGCAGGAGGACUUGCUAUAUUGCUCCUGAACGUUUCGUGGAUGGUGGUAUGUUUGCCACUGAGCUGGAGUACAUGAGAGAUCCCUCCACUCCACUGGUAGAUCUAAAUAGCAAUCAGAGAACUCGGGGAGAGUUGAAGAGAGCCAUGGACAUCUUUUCAGCAGGUUGUGUGAUAGCGGAGCUUUUCACGGAAGGUGUACCAUUGUUUGACCUCUCUCAACUGUUGGCAUAUAGAAAUGGACAUUUUUUCCCUGAGCAAGUGCUAAAUAAGAUUGAAGAUCGCAGUAUCAGAGAAUUGGUAACUCAGAUGAUCCAUCGUGAACCAGAAAAGCGUUUGGAGGCUGAGGAUUACUUGAAGCAGCAGCGUGGCAAUGCUUUCCCUGAGAUAUUUUACACUUUCCUUCAGCCUUACAUGGCUCAGUUUGCCAAGGAAACUUUCCUCUCUGCAGAUGAGCGGAUUUUGGUUAUACGGAAGGAUUUGGGCAACAUUAUUCACAAUCUUUGUGGACACGAUUUGCCAGAAAAAGCAGAAGGGGAACCGAAGGAAAGUGGACUGGUUGUCCUGGUGUCUGUCAUCACAUCCUGCCUGCAGACGCUGAAGUCCUGUGACUCCAAACUGGCUGCCUUGGAGCUCAUUCUCCAUUUGGCCCCGAAGCUGAGCGUAGAGAUCCUUCUGGACCGCAUUACUCCGUACUUGUUGCAUUUCAGCAAUGACUCUGUUCCCAGAGUGAGGGCAGAGGCCCUGAGGACGCUCACCAAAGUUCUCGCCCUUGUCAAAGAGGUUCCUCGUAAUGAUGUCAAUAUCUAUCCAGAGUACAUUCUCCCAGGCAUAGCUCACCUGGCCCAAGACGAUGCCACUAUCGUCAGACUGGCCUAUGCUGAAAACAUCGCCCUAUUGGCUGAAACAGCUCUGCGCUUCCUGGAGCUAGUGCAGCUAAAAACUCUCAACAUGGAGAACGACCCGGAUAGUGAAGAGGUAGACGAAGCCACUCAUCCAAACGGAGACUACGACACAGAGCUCCAAGCCUUACAUGAAAUGGUUCAGCAGAAAGUUGUCACUUUGUUAAGCGACCCUGAAAAUAUUGUGAAACAAACUUUAAUGGAGAAUGGAAUCACACGUUUGUGUGUCUUCUUCGGACGUCAGAAAGCCAAUGAUGUUUUGCUGUCCCACAUGAUCACCUUCUUAAAUGAUAAGAAUGAUUGGCACCUGCGUGGAGCUUUCUUUGACAGUAUAGUUGGUGUUGCCGCCUACGUUGGCUGGCAGAGCUCCUCCAUCCUCAAACCCCUGCUCCAGCAAGGCCUCAGUGAUGCUGAGGAGUUUGUCAUUGUGAAAGCUCUCAAUGCCCUGACCUGCAUGUGCCAGUUAGGGCUGCUGCAGAAACCCCAUGUCUAUGAAUUCGCCAGUGAUAUUGCUCCCUUCCUGUGUCAUCCUAAUCUGUGGAUACGCUAUGGCGCAGUGGGAUUUAUCACAGUGGUAGCUCAUCAAAUAAGUACUGCUGAUGUCUACUGCAAGCUGAUGCCUUAUCUUGACCCAUAUAUUACUCAACCAGUAAUACAGGUACACAGGUUCCAGCUUAAUUUUGCUUCUGAAGUUAGAGCUUUCCCAACUGUGACAGUCUGCAUGUUCAGAGCUAUAGAAGAGCUGAAGGAUAUGGGAUUUAAAGUGUUGUACAAGUUGGAGAAUUGGUCUAUUCUUACAUACAGCCGAAUUGGAGGGCGAGUCAAGACACUAACAUUUUGCCAAGGUUCUCACUACUUGGCCAUAGCGUCCGAUAAUGGUGCUGUCCAGCUUCUUGGAAUUGAGGCUUCUAAGUUACCCAAGUCUCCUAAAAUCCACCCUCUACAAAGCAGGAUUCUGGAUCAGAAGGAAGAUGGAUGCGUGGUGGACAUGCAUCACUUCAACUCUGGGGCACAGUCUGUUCUUGCCUAUGCCACGGUGAAUGGGUCUCUGGUUGGCUGGGACCUCAGGUCUUCAAGCAAUGCAUGGACAUUAAAGCAUGACUUAAAGUCAGGUCUCAUCACUUCCUUUGCUGUGGACAUCCACCAGUGCUGGCUCUGCAUAGGCACGAGCAGCGGUACCAUGGCGUGUUGGGACAUGAGGUUCCAGUUGCCGAUUUCCAGUCACUGUCAUCCCUCCAGAGCUCGCAUCCGGCGCCUCUCCAUGCACCCCUUGUCCCAGUCCUGGGUGAUCGCAGCUGUUCAGGGCAACAAUGAGGUCUCCAUGUGGGACAUGGAGACUGGGGACAGGAGACUGACUCUCUGGGCCAGCAGUGCGCCACCACUUUCCGAAUUACAGCCUUCGCCUCACAGUGUCCAUGGCAUCUACUGCAGUCCUGCAGAUGGAAAUCCUAUCCUGUUAACAGCUGGCUCAGACAUGAAAAUAAGGUUCUGGGACUUGGUUUCCCCAGAAAGGUCCUACAUUGUAGCAGGAAGCACUAGUUCUCCAUCUGUGUCCUACUACAGGAAGAUAAUAGAAGGCACUGAAGUCGUCCAGGAAAUUCAGAAUAAGCAGAAGGUAGGACCAAGUGAUGAUACCCCUCGAAGGGGCCCAGAGUCUCUUCCUGUGGGACAUCAUGACAUCAUCACAGAUAUUGCCACCUUCCAGACAACUCAGGGCUUCAUCGUGACUGCUUCUAGAGACGGGAUUGUGAAGGUGUGGAAAUAAAUCCUUCUGACGUGUAUAAAAUGUAAAAAUUCUAAAUGUACCAUAAUUCAAGAAAAGAAAAGAAGCAUUUCUAGAGAACAAACAUGGUUUUGAAGUGUAUUACUGUUUCAUGGCUAAACAAAUCCCAGCCACAGUGGUUAAGGAUGACAUGGUGAGUUUAUUCAUGUGCAUCUCUGACGAGUUGGCCAGAGUACAAUCUGGAAGUCCUCACUGUAUAUGGAACAGGUGAGAAGUGUAAAAAGUGAAGAUGACUAUGAUGUCAGUUUAUUUUGUAUGGAAAAUAAUUGUAAGCUAUUAUGUAAACACUUUUGUUAUUAUAAAUGCUGUCCACACUGCAAGUAAAGCUAUUCAAGCUUCCUGA